UACUUAGGGCCGGGGCGGGCGCAGGCUACGGCGGCUGCGGGGUUCCGGCAACAGCACGAGCUCUCGGCGGCUGCGCUCGGUGGAUCCAGGAUCUGGCUUCCAACAUGUGGCGGCUCUGGGCCUCACUCUGCUGCCUGCUGGCGCUGGCCAACGCCUGGCGCGGGCCCUCCUUCCAUCCCCUGUCGGACGAGCUGGUCAACUAUGUCAACAAACAGAACACCACGUGGCAGGCCGGGCACAACUUCUACAAUGUGGACCUGAGCUACUUGAAGAAGCUGUGUGGUACCUUCCUGGGUGGCCCCAAACCACCCCAGAGAGUUCAGUUUGCUGAGGACCUGAAUCUGCCUGAAAGCUUCGAUGCGCGGGAACAGUGGCCCCAGUGUCCCACCAUCAAGGAGAUCAGAGACCAGGGCUCCUGCGGCUCCUGCUGGGCCUUUGGGGCAGUGGAAGCCAUCUCUGACCGCAUCUGCAUCCACACCAACGCACACGUCAGCGUGGAGGUGUCGGCGGAGGACCUGCUCACCUGCUGUGGGAGCAUGUGUGGGGACGGCUGUAAUGGCGGCUAUCCUGCUGAAGCUUGGAACUUCUGGACAAGAAAAGGCCUGGUUUCUGGUGGCCUCUAUGACUCCCAUGUAGGGUGCAGACCCUACUCCAUCCCUCCCUGUGAACACCACGUCAACGGCUCCCGGCCCCCGUGCACGGGGGAGGGCGACACCCCCAAGUGUAGCAAGAGCUGCGAGCCUGGCUACAGCCCGACCUACAAGCAGGACAAGCACUACGGAUACAAUUCCUACAGCGUCUCCAACAGCGAGAGGGACAUCAUGGCCGAGAUCUACAAAAACGGCCCUGUGGAGGGAGCCUUCUCUGUGUAUUCGGACUUCCUGCUGUACAAGUCAGGAGUAUACCAGCAUGUCACCGGCGAGAUGAUGGGUGGCCACGCCAUCCGCAUCCUGGGCUGGGGCGUGGAGAACGGCACGCCCUACUGGCUGGUUGGCAACUCCUGGAACACAGACUGGGGUGACAAUGGCUUCUUUAAAAUCCUCAGAGGACAGGAUCACUGUGGAAUCGAAUCAGAAGUGGUGGCUGGAAUUCCACGCACCGAUCAGUACUGGGGAAAGAUCUAAUCUGCUGUGGUCCUGUCCUGGGGGAGUUUUUCCUGCACGCAGUCAGGGAUGGGGAUAGAAAUGUCUUUUAAUCUUUGAGUCCCUGUAAGAUACAGGGCCUGCAGGACUGGACUGGCCAAACCUCCUAUCAACCAUCAGAGCUGUCUUCCAAGGAGACUCAUCCACGUUCUGGCUACCUCUGAGCCUGUUCAGUGGACUGAUGGCUGCAGUGUAGACAGUUAGGCCACGUGAGCCACUGCUGCCAGCACGGAGCUCCUUUCCCCAUGCCUAGUGCUAUAGGGAGUACCUGCUGCCCCAUCCCUGAUCCAUCCAUCUCUGGGAGCAAGACAGAGAGGCCCAGGAAUGGAAAGCAGAGUUCCUCGCAGGAUUCAAGGUCCCCCAUCAGCAGUACCUCUAAGCAAGGAGCUUUCUACAUUUGCUACAAGAUCAGAGGACAGAUGGUACUGGGAGCCCUUUGGAGAACGCCACAUUCUCCUAGGGCCCCUGCCUCUGUCGGGCUUUGCAGUGUCAGAAACUCUGAUCUUGUCCUCAGCAUGAUUCUUUUUGAAUAGAAGUUUUAUUUUUUGUGCGCUCUGCUAAUCCUGUGGAUGAAGGGGUUGGACAGUGGGAGACCUGUGCUCGUUUACAGAUGGCCUCCUCAUGGCAUGGCUCAAAACGAAACCUAGUAGCUGUAACUGGUUUCCCACCAUGAAACUAGUGUAGGAGAAAGCAGAUUUUACUGUUUUUCAAAAAUCCCUGCUUCACCCUAUCAAGUUAAGGAAUGCCUGUGCCAAUAAAAGGUCUGUCCUUCAACUCA